GGGGCCACAGGCUUCCACCGUCACGAACUCCCGCCGCUUUCCCCCCUCAGCCCGUAUAAUAACAGGAUCCGAAGGGACGGAAAGGGCGGACUCUCCACCGGAAGGGCAAGCCGAGGGCCCCCUUCCCGAGCGGACUCGCGGGCCGGCGGGCGUGAUGGCGGCCCCGUGUGCCUUGGUGACCAGCUGCGCUGCAGACUUCCCGGGGGAAGAGCUGGUGAAACGUAUCAUUGGGAAGGAAGAGCUUCCAAAAGACGUUUCCACAUACAGCGGAGCCCAGUUUUACCCCUGGACAAUAGACAAUAAAUACUACUCAGCUGAAAUCCAUUUCUGUGUUAUGAAAAAUGAGUUUUUUGUGACAGCCGAAAUUGCAGAGAAAGUGCAGGCCUUCUUAGUUUAUUUUGACAGCACCACAAUAACUGGACUGGACAGCGUAUCAGCUUGGCUUCCCCUUGUAGAAGAAUGGCUACCAGAAGUGAUGAUCCUGGUCUGUGACAGAGUCUCUGAAAAUGGCAUCAGCCGGCAAAAAGCCCAAGAGUGGUGUAUCAAGCACAGCUUUGAGUUGGUAGAGCUUAACCCAGAGGAGCUCCCUGAUGAGGAUGAUGACUUUCCUGAAUCUACAGGAGUGAAACGAAUCAUCCAGGCCUUAAACGCCAAUGUCUGGUCAAAUGUGGCAAUGAAGAAUGAUGUGAAUCAGAGCUUUGGAUUUAUUCCUGCAUUAACAGGCGCAAAUAGGAUUCGAUCUGAAGAGAAUGAAGCUCCAGAACCAAAUCCCUUACCAGCAGAGAGAGCCGACUCCACGGUGGACACAGGAGAAGAUGUAGCUGAUGCAAACGGUUUUCAGGCUGACUCCACGGCUGAUCCCAUGCUCGAUAUGGACAUUCAAGAACUUGCUAGUCUCACUUCAGCAGAAGGAGAUUUAGAGAACUUUGAGCGCCUGUUCUCCAAGCUGAAGGAAAUGAAAGAAAAGGCAUCAACACUGCCUCAUGAACAAAGAAAAUUACAUGCAGAAAAGGUUGCCAAAGCCUUCUGGACAGCCAUUGGAGGAGACCGGGAUGAGAUUGAAAGCCUAUCUUCUGAGGAGGACAACUGAGGGCUCCUGGAUGCUGUGAUGUGGAACACAUGGAGAUUAUUGUGCAGCAAGUACCUCCAGUUACUGACUGCCAUAGUGAUUUCUCUUUGACUAGGAUAUAGUUUUUUGCAGUGGGUACAAGAAAGAAGACUAUGCCUUGGUUAUGCUGUUAAAUCCCCGGCACUGAUAUGUAGAUGGUUGUUUUGUUUGGAUUCGUCACUCUAGACUUAGGUUGUCAAGUCAACAAAGCAGCCGAUGUAUCUGGUAAUCCUCUUGCAGCUCAAAGAAAAAGAAAAGAAAAUUGCUGCACAGUCUCUCUCUCUCUGCAGCAUUUUCAUUUGUGGAUCUUUUCUCCUGGGUUCUUUUUAUCUCCAUUUCAGAAAAAAGGCCAACAUCUAGGGUGGGGAAAGGGGCUUACCAAUGGAAAGCCUCCCUCCCGUGCACACACCUUCAGCUAUGGUAGGUGAGAAGGAAAGAUGUGAUCUUUCUGGAAAUACAUGUACAUGAAAAACCAUAUUGGGAACAGAAAUGGUACCUUGCAAUUUUUAUUCUGAAUCAUUUGUUUUGAAUGUUUAUUUUGACUGGAUGUUUCCAGUGAUCCCUACGUACAUCCCUUCCCCAUGCAGCUGAAAUAAAUAUAU